AUGGAUCUCUUGACCUAUUAUGAUGUGCAUGUCAACUUCACUUGGGAAGAGUGGACUUUGCUGGAUCCUUCCCAGAAGAAUCUCUACAAAGAGGUGAUGACUGAGACCUACAGGAACCUCACUACUAUAGGUUACAGUUGGGAAAAUCAUAAUAUUGAGGAACAUUUCCAAAAUUCUAGAAGACAUAUAAGGUAA